UGCUGUGAUUUUCAUACAGGAGGUGGUUAAACACAUUCAUCAAUCGGAGGACUCGAUUGCCAUGAAACGGGUGAGUCCACUGUGGAACUCGAAGCUACUUAACGGGACAGCAGGUGGUUAGCUCUUAGCCAUGAGACACAAGAUGGUUGCGGUCUUGCUGGUUCCAUGCUGCCAAGUGGUGGCUGUAGUGUGGGCCAAUGUCUCUAUCUUGAAACGAAGCGAAGAACCACGAAUUGCUUCCAAAAGAUGCAGUCGGCAUGGAUUUCACUGGCUGCAUGUAGACCUUCCUCACCAUUUGGAUCCGUUGUUUGUAAUCUGCUAUUCAGCUUGAGGUUAAAUUGAUCCUCAUGUCUACACAACGAACAGUGUGUAGAGCCUUCAGGUUAGUAAGCUCUGGAAUUGCCAAGAUUGAAUCUUGAGGACUCCAAUCUAUGAGCAUUCAUAACAGAACGUGCAACCUGCGCUGAUCAAGAAAAAAGCAAGCGUUUGAGUUGCAAUAUUGGGUUUCUGAUCGCAAAAUCGAGAAAUUAGGACAGCUUAUGUUCAAAAUCGAUAAGACUGCACGUAGCGGCAUUCAGAAAGAAGAGCGGUGAGAAGAAGCUUUCAGACGGGCGAUGUUCGGAAUGUGAAGAGCUUGGCAAAAUGCAACAGGCAGAUACUGAUGCGCUUAACUUAUGUAGAGCUGAAGACGAAGUGUUAAAGCAACGAAGUAAGACCGCUUUAUGUUUUACAUAUAGCAUGGAAGUUGGAUUUUGGGAUCUGUUCCAUCUUCCACUAAAUAGGCGUCUAAUGCAACCUGAUGGAAAUCGUAUCUCUCAAAGCCGUGAAGGAAAUCUUGGAACUUAAAAUCUUGGAAUCCAAGAAGAAAUUUUAAGUAAGUCAAUGCAGUGUAGGAAAGGCAAGCAAGCAAUGCGAGGUGUCGUACCUUCUAAAAGAAAACGAGCGAGUUUCCACAUCUUACGUUCGACACUUACUACACAACUGGCAUUUAGGCACUGUU